AAAACUACAAUUCAUAACAAUUAAUUGCGGAUACAAAUACGAAUAAUCGGCCUUCUCCAUGUUGGGCAAAUUCACAUCGAACCAUGUCCAGGUUUAUCAUCAGUAUUCACGUACUGUCUCAUUGAAGAAACCGAAGAAGACAAAUAAAGAACAACUGUUGUCGAGUGCAACAUAAAUAAUAAAAAAAACAACACAGCUAACCAAAAUUACACGCAACUUGCCGACAACCAUCGCACGGACCAACAACACUCAAAAUCGACAACGCCACGCUAAGUUCUGGUACAAGUUUUAAACUCAAGUUGAAAAAAAAAAAAAAAACGAACAACGACGCAACGUCGUUGUUGCAGCAGCUGCUCUGGUUAUAUGAACAUCAAGGAAAUCCAAUUUGCCUUUUGUGGCGAAUGACAACAGUCUAUCCCUAUUUUUGCCCGUAAACGGCUCUUGGACCAACAGUAGUUUUUGUUUUAUACCACAACCACCACCCAAUCCACCAUCGUCGGAGGAGGAGGAGGAGAAGCAGAGGCAUCCUUUUCAGAUCAUAUCAGUCAUUUGGCGGAGAACGUGUCGCAACGUAAACAAGUGGGUGUGGUGGCGUUUUGCAGGAAGAAAAUUACAAAAAUUCCGCAAUUUCGGAAUAUGUUGAAGCCUAAACGACAAGCCAAACAGAAACCUAAAGCAAAACCGAUUCCAUGGGGACUGAAAAAAAUCUGUUGGGGACUGAUAAAUAUAACUGUGCCCAGGCAUCAACCUCGAAGUUGGAUUGAGACAAACUUUCAGAAGCGUGAAUGCAUCAAAUUCAUACCAUGUCCCAAAGAUGAAACAAGAUGUUGCUGCGGCCAGGCUCGCGUAACCCAUCAAACCAUCGCUGGCAUCGAAAGUGGUUCUCCAGGUGACUUGUGGUUACCCCAUAAGCAUACCAGGGCGCAGCCCACCGAUGCUUAUGGCACCAUUGAAUUUCAAGGUGGUGCUCAUCCCACCAAAGCCCAGUAUGUUCGCCUUUCAUUUGAUACCCGUCCAGAAUUAUUGGUGCAGCUCUUUACCAAAGAAUGGAAUUUGGAAUUACCAAAACUCCUGAUAACAGUACAAGGUGGAAAGGCAAACUUUGAGCUACAGCCAAAGUUAAAGAAGGAAAUUCGCAAGGGCCUACUGAAAGCGGCCAAAACCACAGGAGCGUGGAUUUUCACUGGUGGCACCAACACAGGUGUAACCAAACAAGUCGGUGAUGCUCUGCUCCUGGAAGGUCAACAACGUACCGGACGUGUUGUCAGCAUUGGUAUAGCGCCGUGGGGCAUUGUCGAACGCAAUCAUGAACUGUUGGGUCACAAUCGUGAGGUACCCUGCCACAGCAUCAGUUCACCAAGAUCUAAACUUGCCGUCCUUAAUAAUCGUCAUGCUUACUUUUUGCUGGUCGACAAUGGAACUCAAGCGAAAUAUGGUGCCGAGUUGAUACUGCGCAGGAAGCUAGAGAAGUUCAUAUCGAAUUUGAAACUGCAUCCUUUUACACAUUCCAGUACUCCCGUCGUGUGUCUUGUUAUCGAGGGCGGUACAAAUACGAUACGUGCAGUUCUUGAAUACGUGACUGAUACGCCACCCGUGCCAGUGGUGGUCUGUGAUGGAUCUGGGCGUGCUGCCGACCUGAUAGCAUUCGUACACAAAUAUGCCUCGGAUGGUGAUGAACAACCGGUUUUGGAAUCCAUGAGAGAUUAUCUCAUUGGCACCAUACAGAAAACAUUUGAAGUGGGCUCCGAUCAGGCAGAGAAACUCUACCAGGAGCUGUUGCAAUGCACUCGCAAUAAGAACUUGAUAACAAUAUUUCGAAUUCAAGAAAAGCCAGAAGGUGAGGCACAGGAAUUGGAUCAAACCAUUUUAACGGCCCUCUUCAAAUCGCAGCACUUGAGUCCACCGGAGCAAUUGAGUUUGGCAUUGACCUGGAAUCGUGUUGACAUAGCACGCAGUGAGAUUUUCGUCUACGGCCAAGAAUGGCCGAACGGAGCUCUCGAUGAGGCCAUGAUGCAGGCACUGGAACACGACAGAAUCGAUUUUGUUAAGUUGCUAUUGGAAAAUGGUGUUUCAAUGAAGAAAUUUCUGACAAUACCACGCCUUGAGGAACUUUACAAUACCAAACAUGGUCCAGCAAAUACUUUAGGCUAUAUUUUACGCGAUGUUCGUCCGCAUAUACCCAAAGGAUACGUUUAUACUUUACACGAUAUUGGUCUAGUUAUUAAUAAAUUAAUGGGUGGGGCCUACAGAUCAUAUUAUACACGCCGAAAAUUUCGUCCUAUUUAUGCCAAAGUUAUGAACAGCUAUGCCAAUGCACACCGAAAAUCAUCGACAUACCAACGAUAUGCUGGCGCCAAUUCAUUAAGUCUCGUCACGGGUCUAUUGCCCUUCACAUCGGAAAUGGCUCUCUUCGAAUUUCCGUUUAAUGAGCUGCUGAUAUGGGCUGUGCUAACAAAACGCCAACAAAUGGCACUGCUAAUGUGGACACAUGGCGAGGAGGCGUUGGCCAAGUCAUUGGUGGCCUGUAAAUUGUAUAAAGCAAUGGCACAUGAAGCUGCCGAAGAUGAUUUGGAUACGGAAAUCUAUGAGGAAUUGCGUUCGUAUGCCAAAGAAUUUGAAAGUAAAGGUAUUAAGCUGCUCGAUUUUAGUUAUCGAACAGAUGCCGAAAAGGCUCAACGUUUAUUGACGUGUGAAUUGCAUUCUUGGUCCAACCAAAGUUGUCUAUCACUUGCGGUAGCAGCUAAUCACAGAGCACUCCUGGCCCAUCCCUGCAGUCAAGUUAUAUUGGCUGAUUUGUGGAUGGGUGGAUUGCGGACACGAAAAAACACUAAUUUUAAGGUUAUAUUAGGUUUAGUUCUGCCAUUUUAUAUCAAACACUUGGAUUUCAAAUCAAAAGAAGAACUACAACAAAUGCCUCAAACCGAAGAGGAACAUUUGGAAAAUCAAAAUCUAGACAAUGAUGAUUCGGAUCGUUCCCAUCCGGAUGCUGAGAAUCCUCUCACAAAAGCGAAAAGGUCAAUUUCUUUGAAAUAUAGGAUGGGCAGUAAUAACAAUAAUGCUGAAAAGGCACUUUUGGCGGACACAUAUUCAUUGCGUGACACCAAAGUUCAUGAAAACGGAAAAGUUAAUCUCACUGCCGGAGCGGAAGAACCCCCCUCCAAAGUAUCUCUGACAGACUCCGAUCCAUCGCAAUUUCGUGAUUUUAUUCACAACACCGACUACGAAAUUAAGCAGCAUCAGCCACUGCGAUUAAAGAAGAAGGUCUACGAGUUCUACACAGCACCCAUAACGAAAUUCUGGGCUGACUCGAUCGCUUACAUGUUUUUCCUGGGAAUGUUCACAUUUACGGUUCUGGUGAAAAUGGAACCAAUGCCCCGAUGGCAAGAAAUAUAUUCCAUUGCUUAUAUUACUACCCUAGGUUUUGAAAAAAUCCGUGAAAUUGUCUCCUCCGAACCAGUUGCCAUUACACAUAAAUUUUCCGUAUGGGCUUGGAAUAUGUGGAAUCCGUGUGAUGGGGCUGCCAUAAUACUUUUCUUUAUCGGCCUUUCGCUGCGGUUUCGACCGAACACAAUGGAUAUUGGGCGAGUAAUCUACUGCGUCGACAGCAUCUACUGGUAUUUACGAAUACUAAACAUCUUGGGUGUUAACAAAUACUUGGGUCCUCUCGUUACAAUGAUGGGCAAGAUGGUCAAGAACAUGAUUUAUUUUGUUGUCUUAUUGGCUGUGGUUUUGAUGAGUUUCGGCGUUAGCAGACAGGCCAUACUCUUUCCAAACAUGGAACCAACAUGGCGUCUAUUCCGAGAGGUCACCUAUCAGCCAUACUUCAUGUUGUAUGGUGAAGUGUUUGCGGAUGACAUUGAUCCACCAUGCGGAGAAAAUCCAGGACAAACCGCUUGUGUCACAGGUCACUGGGUAACACCCAUCACAAUGUCAAUGUAUUUGUUGAUAGCAAAUAUUCUAUUGAUCAAUCUCCUGAUUGCCGUUUUCAACAAUAUUUUCAACGAAGUCAAUUCAGUUUCGCAUCAGGUUUGGAUGUUUCAGCGCUUCACCGUCGUCAUGGAAUACCAACAGAAACCCGUCCUACCGCCACCCUUUAUUGCCUUCUGCCAUUUCUACUCGCUGCUCAAGUAUUGUAUACGCAAAGCCAAAGGAUUGGAAGUACAGCGAGACAACGGUCUUAAGCUCUUCUUGGAAAAGGAUGACUUGGAACGUCUGUACGACUUUGAAGAGGAGUGCGUAGAGGGAUUCUUCCACGAGCAGGAGAUAAUCCUAAACCAGUCGACCGAAGAACGCGUCAAAAAUACAACCGAACGUGUAGAGACGAUGACCCAGAAAAUUGAAGACAUUAACCAAAAGGAAAAUUUGCAAACAGCCACUGUUCAGAAUAUUGAAUUCCGCAUACGCAAAAUGGAAGAGUCUUCUGAGCAAAUACUAAGUCAUUUGGCCGUCAUUCAUCGCUUUAUGUCGAUGCAUAUGGGCCAAGAGGAUUUGAAUGCAUCCAAUAUGAAUAUUGGUCCUGGAGAUUUGCAGCGGAUUCGCACAGUAUCAAUGUCGGACAACGAAGCUGGUAGCGGUGGUGCUGGUAGUGGCGGCACCGGUGGAGGUGGCGGCAGUUCUGGCGGUGGCGGUCUUAUAUCAGCUCAAAACAGUCUUCAGGUGACCAAUAGAAAACGUUUCAAUCGUUCGCUCACCGAGGUACGACCUGAUGCAUACAUUUUUGAUGAUGGAACCCACUUUGAAGUGGUACCUGUACCUGAAGAGCCAGACGAGGUUGUCAAAUCUAGAGAAGCUCUCAAUGAGCAAGUGGUGCGUAAGGUAUCGGUGCAGUCGGAAUCCGAUUCAGACAUUUAUAUACCACUCUCACAACGACCAUCAACAUGUGAAACUGUCAAGCGAACCCCCUAUGUGACUGUUCGCCAAGACACUGGUGCGAGUACUGAGAGCAAGGACACCCUAACACCCCUGGGUCAUGAUGACGACCAAACUCUUGUCGGUGAAACUUCCGAUGAGACGGGACCAGACAUUAACUUUGAAGCUGCCAGGCAUCGAGCUAUGCGUCAACGCACGGUUUCUUUAUGUCGCAGAAAUUCUGAGACAUGCUCAAUAAUAGGCGACAUCAGUCGCUCUCACAUAAGUCUGAAUCAAUUGCAUCUGUCGAGGCGCCAGAUGAGUCUGACACACUCAGAGCCGGAUAGUGAUAAAGAGGGUGCCGCAGGAAAAUCGGUUCUGCAUGCAAAGCCUUCGAGAAAUAUUCUCCUGAAAUUGCAUAGCGAAUACACUUCGAUUACGGAUGAAUUAGAGAGUGUUUGCCAUAUGAUUGCCUCGCCCACGGUGUCAUUGCCAAGUCACAAGACAUCGCUGGAUAGACCCAAAACGGAAAUGUCAAAGGCCGAGGUGGCUGCGUUACUCGAAAAACAACAUUUGAAAGAGUGCGAGGAGAGUGACUAUCAAAUCCUUGAGGGUCUCUUUCAGGCACGCGCCUCCAUUGAUGACACCGACGAUUCAUAUGAGGCUGGCAUUUCCGUUGACUACAGUCACCGGCAUCCGCUGCGACGUGAAACUGCCGUGGAACUUUCACCAUCUAAGCCGCCAGCUGGCGGAGGAGUAAUUGGUGGCGAUAGCAGCGAUACUAGCGCACCAACAGCUGCCGGCUUUCAAGUGAAAAAUGAACGCCACUGGCAACGAAAUGCGUCAAUGGAACAGCAGCAAACAUAUCAGUCACCAGUUGUACCCCAACGAGCCACCAGUGAAUUCCUCAAUCCACCGUAUGAGAGUGCCGGUCGACUCUUCAAAAAGUCCAGCGAAAGUUUGCAGAAGAAUUCCAGCACAGACACUGACUACUCUGCCCAUCCCUAUCGCUUUAUUAAGCAAAGCUCAAAUGAAACCACCACCUCAAUGACUGGUUCCUACAACAUAGAUACACCCUCAUUGACUGCAGAACCCUCUUUGGAUGCUGUGGACAUUCAAACCCCGGCCCAUGCAACGACAGUGCUCGAAAGCGGUGUUAGCCUCAGCGGAGGAGGCGGAUUAGGCACUUCGGCCCGUUAUCAGCCGUUGCGUACCUCUUCCAUGGGUGCCUCAGACAUGAAGCGACCCAGCGAAGACGUAUCCACUUCCACAGAUUUCGGAACAACCGCCAUAAUUGGGCAAGUGCAGCCUCCUCCGCGAGCUAUGCAGCUGAAGAAACAGUUUAGCUUGGACCAGGGCAAACAGCCACAACCUCCACCUAUACCACCCACAACUCGCAUAUCACACGCCGAAACACCAACGACUGAAAGCACCAGUGCAUCGCCCAUUCCGACACCGCCGAGACUUACCACAAGUGGCAGUGACAGUGGUGGUGCUGCAUUGCCGACAACGGUUCCUGCCAAAUUGCUUUCCUCGCUGAAACCACCGCUUUCCAGUAAACUUGGCAUGAACAUUCUCAAGGAGAGUAGUUCGAGCACUGAAGAGUCAAAAGAUGGCGAUUCGACCGCAGGCCCAUCCUCUGCCGCUGGCAUGGUCAUUCCCCAAAUAAGCACCGACCUAGUUCAGGACGAAAUCGCUAAGCUAUCAUCGAACAUCAAGAGCAGUACCGAGUCGGAGAAGGAUCCUCCCUACAACGAGACAAUGUGCUGAUUUUUAUUGAAACUUUCCUCCGUCUUCGGCAUCUCGGCCCAAUCGUCUGACUCCAAUUCUCCGGCUUCUACUUCUUCUUCGUUAUCGGCCGCAACUGCACCGAUGGACCGAACUGCGUCACAAAAUAGCAACCAAUUUUUAUCAAUUGUAAAUAGGUUUUAGGUUAGGUAAAAGCGUGUCAUUUGUUUACAACAAGAAAACAAUAAAUUAUUCAUUCGUGUUUUUUUAUUUUUGUACAAAAA